UUUAUUUAUUUAUUUAAUAUGGGGCGCGUCAUCCUGCUAUCUGUUGCCGUCAUGUCCAUCUUACUGUGUCAGGGAUUUUGUUCGGGGGUUUUUGAACUGAAGCUGCAGGAGUUCCUGAACAAGAAAGGGGCCCAGGGGAACCGAAACUGCUGCAAGGGUGGAUUCACGUCGCCAUUCCAGCAGCAGUGUGAAUGUAAAACGUUUUUCCGAAUUUGUCUCAAACACUACCAGCCAAACGCCUCCCCGGAGCCGCCCUGCACCUACGGCGGCGCUGUGACGCCCGUGCUGGGAUCAAACUCAUUCCAGGUCCCCGAAGUGAUCCCGGAGAGCUCCUUCACCAACCCCAUCAAAAUUAACUUCGGGUUCACGUGGCCGGGGACCUUCUCGCUCAUCAUCGAGGCACUGCACACCGACUCCAAAGAUGACCUCUCCACAGAGAACCCGGACCGCGUUAUCAGCACGAUGACCACACAGCGGCACCUGACGGUGGGAGAGGAGUGGUCUCAGGACCUUCACACCGGCGGCAGGACGGAACUGAAAUACUCGUACCGGUUCGUUUGCGACGAGCACUACUACGGCGACGGAUGCUCCGUGUUCUGCCGACCCCGCGACGACGCCUUCGGCCACUUCACCUGCGGGGAGCGCGGCGAGAUCACGUGCGACGCGGGCUGGAAGGGACACUACUGCACCGAACCAAUCUGCCUGUCAGGCUGUGACGAAGAGCACGGCUUCUGUGAGAAACCCGGGGAGUGCAAGUGCAGAGUUGGAUUCAAAGGGCGUUACUGUGAUGAGUGCAUUCGUUACCCGGGCUGCCUCCAUGGGACCUGCCAGCAGCCCUGGCAGUGCAACUGUCAGGAGGGAUGGGGAGGUCUGUUCUGUAACCAAGAUCUCAACUACUGCACUCACCACAAGCCCUGUCUGAAUGGGGCCACUUGUAGUAACACAGGCCAGGGGAGCUACACCUGUUCCUGUCGGCCCGGCUUCACGGGGGCCAGCUGUGAGAUCGAGGUCAACGAAUGCGCUGGAAAUCCCUGCCGUAACGGUGGAAGCUGCACUGACCUGGAAAACACAUAUACCUGCGCUUGCCCCCCUGGUUUCUAUGGCAACAACUGCGAGCUGAGCGCCAUGACGUGCGCCGACGGCCCCUGCUUCAAUGGGGGGCGCUGCGCUGAUAACCCAGAAGGAGGCUACUACUGCCAGUGCCCCACGGGGUACGCCGGAUUUAACUGCGAGAAAAAGAUCGACCACUGCACCUCCAGCCCCUGUUCAAACGGUGCUCGCUGCGUGGAUCUCGUCAACUCGUACUUAUGUCAGUGUCCGGAGGGUUUCACAGGCAUGAACUGCGACCACAACGGCGAGGAGUGCUUGACAUAUCCAUGCCAGAAUGGCGGCACGUGCCAGGAGGGUCCAAAUGGCUACACCUGUACCUGCCCCCCCGGCUACACCGGCCGCAACUGCAGUUCGCCCAUCAGCCGCUGCGAGCACAACCCCUGCCACAACGGCGCCACCUGCCACGAGAGGAACAACCGAUACGUCUGCGCCUGUGUGCCUGGCUACGGUGGCCGCAACUGCCAGUUCCUACUUCCGGACCACGCAGCGAUCCGCGGGACAGAGGUGCCCUGGAUGGCUGUCGUUUCCGGGGUGGCGCUCGUGCUGCUCCUGCUGGCGGGAUGCGCCGUGCUCGUCGGAUGUUUUCGGUCCAAGGCUCAGCACGGUGGUCAAGGAGACACUGUCGGUGAAGGGGAAACCAUAAAUAACCUGACUAAUAACUGUCACCGCAGUGACAAGGACCUGACGGUGAGCGUUCUGCCCAUGCCGGCCGUCAAGAACAUCAACAAGAAGAUGGACUUCUGUAGUGACCCCGAUGAAGGAUGCUCACCAGGGAGGAGCAGCUACAAGAGCCGCCAGCCGCCCGCAGACUAUAACCUCGUGCACGAGGUCAACCAUGAGCAGGCGGCUAAGGAGGCCAUCCUGGAGGCAGCCUGCGAGGACAAGUGCCAAUCCCUGGACUCGUUCGAGUUUGAGGAGAAACGCAGCAAACGUUUAAAAAGCAACGCAUCAGAAAAGAAAACUCCAGAAAUGUCUGCAUGUGCGGACACCAAGUACAAAUCUGUGUUUGUGAUGUCAGAGGAGAAGGACGAAUGUAUAAUUGCAACCGAGGUGUAA